UGAACUAUGGACCCUGAAAACCUCAGUCGGAGGUCUCAUUUCCGUUGUAUAAAACCUCUCUCUCUCUCUCUCUCUCCCCCCACAGUCUCAAACCCCUUAACUGGUAUGAACAACUCUCGCUUUCCGUUCACUUCAUCUGGCUUCGAUAUAUUCUUAAUUGCUUCUACUUAUGCAAAUUCUUAUGGGGUCUUUGUAUCCUCCGUGAAUGCCAUUGGAGUCUGCAGGUAAUUUGUGCUGAUUAGUAAUUGGAUGAAAAGAAUUCUAGGGCGUGAAGGGAGAGAUAUGGCAGAAGGCACAGAAGUUGAAGAGCAAUUGGAUUUUGAUGAGGACAAUUCCAUGGAAGAGAUGGACGAUGAUGUUGAAGAACAGAUUGACGAUGAUGUUGAAGAACUGAUUGACGAUGAUGUUGAAGCAGAAAUAGAAGAUGAUAGAGUAGAUGGAGGUGGGUAUGGAAAUGUUGAAGAAGUACACGAGGACUCUAUAACCGAGACCAGUGGGAAAGAUCAAUCCCCAGAAGCAGAUAGAAGCCACAUUGCCUCUGAAUCCGUGGAAGAUGAAGAAAAGCCAGCUGCUUCUGCUGAUGAGGAUGAGAAGGAGAAGCAUGCUGAGCUACUCGCCCUUCCUCCCCAUGGGUCUGAAGUUUUCAUUGGUGGACUUCCUCGAGAUGCCCUCGAAGAAGAUUUGAGGCAUCUCUGUGAGCCAAUUGGUGAAGUUGUUGAGGUAAGAUUAAUAAAAGAUAAGGAAACUGGUGAUGCCAAGGGUUAUGCUUUUAUAGCAUUUAAAACAAAAGAGAUUGCACAGAAGGCCAUUGAAGAGAUCCAUAACAAAGAAUUCAAGGGUAAAAACUUAAGGUGUUCACUGUCUGAAACUAAGCACAGAUUAUUCCUUGGUAAUGUUCCAAAGAGCUGGACCGAGGAUGAGUUUAGACAAGUCAUUGAGGGGGUUGGCCCUGGAGUUGAGAACAUUGAGCUUAAAAAGGAUCCUCAGAAUCCAAGCAGAAAUCGCGGUUUCGCUUUUGUUUUAUAUUACAAUAAUGCUUGUGCCGAUUAUUCAAGGCAGUAUAUGUCAAAUGCGAAUUUCAAGUUGGAUGGCAACACCCCAACUGUCACCUGGGCUGAUCCAAAGAGUGGACCUGAUCAUUCUGCUGCUUCUCAGGUUAAGGCUCUUUAUGUCAAAAAUAUUCCUGAGAACACUAGUACUGAAAAACUGAAGGAACUAUUUCAGCACCAUGGGGAAGUUACAAAAGUGGUUAUGCCACCUGGAAAAGCUGGUGGCAAACGGGAUUUUGGGUUCAUCCAUUAUGCUGAAAGGUUAAGUGCAUUGAAGGCUGUUAAAGAUGCAGAGAAAUAUGAAAUUGAUGGCCAAGUAUUGGAGGUUGCACUUGCUAAGCCUCAAUCUGAUAAAAGGUCAGAUGCUACUUAUCCCUAUAAUGCCAUGCCUCAUCCAAACCAUCUUCCACAUUCUGGGUAUGGUGGUUUUGCCAGUAAUCAAUAUGGCUCUCUAGGGGCUGGGUAUGGUGUUGGCAGUGGUUUUCAGCAGCCAGUGAUAUAUGGUAGGGGUCCCAUGCCAGCAGGAAUGCAUAUGGUUCCGAUGGUUUUACCAGAUGGCCAAGUUGGUUAUGUUCUUCAGCAGCCUGGCACACAGAUACCACCUCCUCGGCCUCGUAGAAUUGAUCGAAGCAAUGCUCCAGGACCACCCGCUCGACCAGGAGGUAGUGGCAAUGACGAAGGCAAUCGUGGCAGAAGGUACCGACCCUAUUAGUGGUAGAGGACAGGCAAGAUUUUUUAUGGGAAAGCAACUUGUUGUAGUCUAAAUGACCAGUUACAUGAAUCGAAUCAAAUAAUACACCCCCUCCCCUCCU